CGCAACAUUGUGGACAAAAGAUAGCAGAUCAAGAUUACGUAUCUGCAUCAGUACACGACUGAAGUCCAAGACCAAAGUGCAAGAUGUCUUUGGUGUUAAAAAUUGUUUCUUUAGUAACGAAUAUAUUUCGUGUGAAUGGAGAAAUAAAUUAUUUAUCACUAACUUUGGUGGCCGGUUUAUUACCCAUACUUGCUUGGUUUGGGGUUAAGAAGUUUCUUUCGAAUAGGAAAGGGCCAAAUCCGUUUGCGCAAGACACCCGUCGUCCGCCCAAACCAUUGGAGACCGAUUUAAAAGCCCGAGAUAAAGUUUUAAAGAAUGGUUUUGUGGCAAAGAAAGUUCCAGACAAUUUGGAUGCUAUUUUUAUUGGUAGUGGUAUCGGUAGUUUGAGCUGCGCUGCGAUGCUAGCCAAGGCUGGUAAGAAAGUCUUGGUACUUGAGCAACACGAUCAGGCUGGUGGAUGUUGUCAUACUUUCUAUGAAAAAGGUUUUGAGUUUGACACUGGUAUACAUUAUGUUGGAGAAAUGGCUGGUAAUAGUGUCACAAAGUUUUUGGUUGAUCAGUUGACAGAUGGUCAGCUUCAAUGGGCUCCACUUGAUCCAAUAUAUGAUGAGGUUGUUCUUGGUUCAUCACCACAAGAUGCAAAGAAAGUUCAUAUUGGUACUGGCAAGGAAAACUUCAGGAAUGCUUUGCUUGAAAAGUUUCCUGAGGAGGAGAAAGCAAUUGACAGAUAUUUAGACUUGUUGCAGAAAUGCAAAAAAACAAUUCUUGGUCCAUUUCUUAUAAAAAUGUUACCCAGAAUGCUCUCUCAAUUUCUCAUAUCCACUGGUAUCAUUCAUUGGAUAACAGAUUAUUUCAAGUAUUCUCAACGCAGCGUUGCUGAGGUGAUGGAAGAAAUAACAGAUAACAAAGAUCUACGUGCAGUUCUAUCAUAUUGUUUUGGAGAUUAUGGCACUGCACCCAAAGACGCUAGUUUUGCUUUGCAUGCAACACUUGCGAGCCAUUUCCUGAGAGGAGGAUACUACCCUGUUGGUGGUGCAAGCGAGAUAGCAAUGAGAAUUAUUCCAGUCAUUGAGAAAACUGGCGGCGGUGUCUUGGUACGAGCUCCUGUUAAAGAGAUACUGGUGGAUGAACAAAACAAAAAAGUCAGAGGUGUUCGUGUGGGUAAAAGUAGUGGUGAUGUGGAUAUCUUUGCGCCGAUGGUCGUAUCCGGAGCUGGAGUGUAUAACACGUUUGAGAAACUGCUUCCCCAAACGGUUGAAGAGAGAUCUUCCGUGCUGAGUUCCGUCCGUCACGGCGUCGGCGCGCUGACCGUUUAUGUUGGUUUCAAUGUAUCUAAUGAUGAACUGGGCGUUGUCCAGGGUAGAAACCAAUGGUUUUUCAACAGCAAUGAAUUAGAUCAAUCCUAUGAAGAUUAUAUCAAUCUACCUGUAGAGAAAGUUGGCGACGAAGAUGUACCGCUUCUGUUCCUUUCAUUUCCUUCGACGAAAGACCCAACGUGGAACGAAAGAUUUCCCGGAAAGUCGACGUGCGAGGUGGUCAGUCUGGCGGAAUAUGAUUGGUUUGCAAAAUGGAAAGAUGAGAAGGUCAUGCAUCGCGGUGAAGAAUACGAGGCGAUCAAGCAGCGCGUCGGCAAGCGAAUGUGGGAGCAAGUUUGUCGAUUUCAUCCAAAUCUUAAAGAUAAGGUCGAGUAUUUUGAUAUAGGCAGUCCGCUGAGCAAUCAGUACUACAUCGCGGCAUCGCGUGGCGAGUUGUACGGCGCUGACCAUAAUGUUGGCAGAUUUCAUCCUCAAAGUGUUCUCAACUUGAGAGCGGAUACAUCCAUCAAAGGCAUGUUUCUUACUGGACAAGAUGUUUUCUGUUGCGGCUUCUCUGGAGCAUUGUACGGAGGUGUAAUAUCUGCUUGCACCAUCUUGAAGAGGAAUCUUAUGGAUGAUCUAUUGGCAUUAAGAAAGCAGAGUAGAAAAUAACACUGAUUUAGAACACUAUGAAACUCCAUAAGCAAACAUUUUAUUUCCUGAAUUGCAAAAAGACUGUAACGUAAUCAAUCCUUGAAUUGAACAUGACAUUUGACCAUAAUUCCUUUAAGCG